GUAAUAUACAGAAACAAAUGCCAGAGUGUACACACAAAACAUUCAGCUAUUAAACAUCCUACAUUUCUGAAGAAUAUUAUAAGUCUUUGCUUUUGGCCAAUCCGCGCGCUCGUGCUGGAGACAGACAGACACGAUGACGUCAGCGACGGCUCGCUCCAGACGCUCGUGCCCGCGCAACCGCGAACGCGCCCGAGAGGAAGAAAAACUCUCGCACGCUGGCAAACGGGGUCACGAACUAUGACCUUUCACUGGAGUAAAACAAUAACAAAUAAUGUGCAAUAAACCCGAGAGCGAAAACCCCGCGGCCGUGCGUUUGACAGGAGGAGGUAUCAUUUUCAGAUGCAGAGCUCGGCCAAUCAGAUGCUUGUAAUGACUUCACAUUACCAUGACAACCAAUGUGGAGCUGCUGGCUCAGCAGAUAUUGACCACUGAGCAGCUUUCAGAGGUUCAGUUGUCUCCGUCAGGCAGUUCAGUGAUGAGCGGCUCUCCUCAGCGCAUUCAGAUCAUCUCCACCGAGCCCUCGGUCACCAGCCCACAGAGAAUACAGAUCGUCACAGAGCAGCAGACGGGGCAGAAGAUCCAGAUAGUGACGGCUCUGGACUCCUCUGUGCCCAAGCAGCAGUUCCUCCUGGCCUCUCCUGAUGGCUCUCCAGCGGGUAAAGUCCUGCUGGCGUCCCCAGAGAGCUCCAGCGCCAAACAGCUCAUCUUCGCCACUGCCGACAGCCUGGUACCCGGCAGAAUACAGUUUGUGACUGAUGCCGUGUCCGUGGAGAGGCUUCUGGGUAAAGGCACAGACCUCAGCCGAGUUCAGCCAAUUGAAUACUGUGUGGUGUGUGGAGAUAAAGCCUCAGGGAGGCAUUAUGGAGCUGUGAGCUGUGAGGGCUGUAAGGGUUUCUUCAAGCGGAGCGUGCGCAAGAGUCUGACCUACAGCUGCAGGAGUAACCAGGACUGUGUGAUCAACAAACACCACCGCAACCGCUGCCAGUUCUGCCGGCUCCGCAAGUGCCUGGAGAUGGGCAUGAAGAUGGAGUCUGUACAAAGUGAGCGGAAACCCAUCGAUCUUCCUCGAGAAAAACCUGCGAACUGUGCAGCGUCUACAGAGAAAAUCUACAUCAGGAAAGACCUGCGCAGUCCGCUUAUCGCAACACCCACCUUCAUCUCUGAGAAAGAUAGCUCACGGUCCAAGCUGUUGGAUUCUGGGAUGCUCGUCAAUAUCCAGCAACCCUUAAUACAGGCUGAUGGCACAUUACUGUUAGCAACAGACAAGACGGAGUCGGGGCAGGGUGAUCUGGGGACACUCGCUAAUGUGGUCACAUCAUUAGCAAACCUGAACGAUUCGCUCAGUAAUGGAGAAGCAACAGACGGGCAGCUGGAGGAGUCGCCCAGUGAAAUCACACGUGCCUUUGACACUCUGGCUAAAGCGCUGAACCCCGGCGAGCUGACGGAGAGCCAGAGUCUGUCUGAGGUGGACGGAGUGGGCGGAGCUACAAUACAGGUGAUCAGCAGAGAUCAGAUCUCGCCACUCAUAGAGGUGGAGGGACCGCUGCUCACCGACACACAUGUCAGCUUUAAGCUGACGAUGCCCAGCCCGAUGCCGGAGUAUCUGAAUGUACAUUAUAUCUGUGAGUCGGCUUCACGUCUCCUCUUCCUCUCCAUGCACUGGGCGAGAUCUAUCCCAGCAUUCCUUGCUCUCGGGCAGGAGUGUAACACCGCUCUGGUUCGGGCCUGCUGGAAUGAGCUGUUUAUUCUGGGUCUGGCUCAGUGUGCUCAGAUCAUGAGUCUGUCCACCAUCCUCACCGCCAUCGUCAAUCAUCUGCAGUCCAGCAUCCAGGACGACAAGCUAUCAAGUGAACGCAUCAAACUCGUGAUGGAGCACAUCUGGAAGCUGCAGGAGUUCUGCAACAGCAUGGCGAAGCUGCAGACGGACGCUUAUGAAUACGCAUACCUAAAAGCCAUCGUGCUCUUCAGUCCAGAUCAUCCAGGUUUGAGUAGCUGCAGCCAGAUUGAAAAGUUUCAGGAGAAAGCGCAGAUGGAGCUCCAGGACUAUGUGCAGAAGACCUAUCCGGAUGAAACCUACAGGUUGGCUCGAAUCCUGCUGCGAUUACCGGCGUUGCGUUUGAUGAGUUCCAGCAUAACCGAGGAGCUGUUCUUCACCGGCCUCAUCGGAAACGUACCGAUCGACAGCAUCAUCCCAUAUAUCCUCAAAAUGGAGACUGCAGACUACAACAGCCAAAUCACAGCCCCCUCCGUGUGACCAUCGUUUCAUGCGAUUCCCAUCAUCCCUCGCCCCCGAAUACAUCGCAUUAUACUGAACCGACCAACAAGCUCUACCUCAAGAGGAGCUGCGACAGCGAAAGCCUUUCUGAAGCGCUACCCGAUUGAUAUUGUGUUGUAGUUUACAGAGAGAGAUGCAUUAUGGGACUUUGAGUUCCAGGACAUUUGCCUCAAAUUAAAGGCCUUUCUUAUUUUGUAAACUUUAAUUUAAAGAAAGAGAAACACUUGAGCACUUCGAGAUGAUUCCAAUGGAAAAAUCCCAAUUUUUUUUUGAAUCGCCCUCGUUAAUAUUCAUAAUUAUCAAAAGCAUGAGCAUUUUCAUAAGGAGAUGUGACUGAAUGUAUCGGCUGAUUACAUGAUCCAACAAAGGUAUGAUUUCAUUCAGAUUUGUUUCUCUCUCUCUGACCGUACAGCCAUUGAAAUGAAUGGGAAUUUAGUGUUUUUCCUGCAGCUCUUAAUUUAUCCGUACUGUCACUCCUGUCGUCACGACAAUCAGCUUCUGCUCAAUAUAUCCGGCUUUUCCUUUGCUGUAUUUAUUUCAGCUCUAAAGCGCAUACAAAUGUAGAUCUUCGCUUGAUUUCCAAAAUCACGUAUGCUAUAGGAGAUCUUCAAUCGGUGUCUUUAAAGCAUCUUUAUCGCUGCUGCAAUUGUCGUUUUCAAGAUGUAAUAUAUCCAUAAACAUGAUGCACUUAGGUUCCUAACAUGUUUUUAUUCGCAGAUCUGCGCACUUAAGUUACAUUUGUACAUUUUAAUUUGUCUUUUUUUUAAGAAAGAUGUCUCGUUUUGUCCCAAAUGUGAUGCAUUGACAUGCACUUAUUUAACAUGCUGUUUCUGAAACAGAAAUGUUGACCCAGGCUGUAUUUGUUUGGGUUUAAAAUCGGUAGACUCUUCCAGACUAUGUUAGCCUGAUGCUAUUGGUUAGCCACCUUGUUUGUUUAGGUUCGAACUACCAUUAACAUUAUUAUAUAGGUUGUUACAAGGUGUUUGUAGCUUAAUAUACAACAUUAACCCAGAUAAUAUAGCACUGCAAACUAUUAAAAUGACAAUAAAAGUCACUUUUUACAACGUUUAAAGAUUAAAAGCUAAAGAUUAAGAUCCCAUAAUGCAAUUUAAAAGCAGAAAUAAACCAAACAUGAAUCACAAAAUAUGAAAAACUACUAAUUUACUGAUGUUUUGUUAUUUUUUAUAGUGUAUAAUGUUUAUAAUGUGUGUUUUUUUUACUGUUUUAGAGUCAUUUCUUCUUGGCCUCAUUAAUUAUGUCCCAAAAAACAACUUGUUAUUGUUUUAAAAGCACGAUGGCCUCAUACAAGUAUUUAUUUUAACAUGGUUUGAACACAUUUUUUAUUUGAUGCCCAAUGUUUCUGAUCUGUCAAUGACUGGUUUAUAGGUGUUGUAAAUCUAUAUUGCUGUCUGUCUUCAUCUGUCUGUGAGACGAUAAGAAAAGCUGUGCAUGAAGAGCUCAUCAAUUUGAUUCUGAUGUGGAGUUUAAAUAUUGUGGCUUGAGGAAAUAAUAUAUAUAUAUAUAUUUACAGUGCAUUCAGAAAGUACCCAUUCGCAUUCAUUCUUGACCAUUUUGUUUAUUCAGAAGUGCAUAUACGUUUAAUUCAUGCUUGAUUACAGAGCUGAAACCAGAUUUGUGAUAACUUUUGCAGAUGUAUUAAAAUGCAAACACUGA